CGCAGUAAAGGCGCAGUAUUGGUCCAGGGCUGGGUGCUUUUGGCCUAAUGUGGUGUUGUCCUGGAUAUUUGACGUGUUUUUUCUCAGAAUUUGGGCUUGAUUAUAUACGUUACCGUACGUCAGUGCUCUGGUCGGAGCUGUUAUCGUAAGGCUUCUUGAGCUCCAGCAGAGCAUGUCCACCAUGGUGUACCCUCAUGAGGAGAGACUAGAGAAGCUGACACAGGAAGAGAUCAUCUCCAGCACUAAAUUAGUCAUCCAGGGUCUGGAAGCUCUGAAGAGUGAGCACAACUCAAUACUGCAUAGUCUGAUGGAGACCAUCCAGUGCUUGAAGAAGGAUGAGGAAGCCAGCUCGGUUCAUGAAAAGUCCAACCUCCUCCGCAAGUCUGUGGAAAUGAUCGAGCUGGGGCUGGGCGAGGCGCAGGUGAUGAUGGCUCUCUCAAACCACUUGAAUGCGGUGGAGUCGGAGAAACAAAAGUUGCGUGCUCAAGUGCGGCGGCUGUGUCAGGAGAACCAGUGGCUGCGAGACGAGUUGGCAAACACACAGCAGAAACUGCAGAAUAGCGAGCAGAACGUCGCACAGCUGGAAGAGGAGAAGAAACAUCUGGAGUUUAUGAACCAGCUCAAGAAAUAUGACGAUGGCAUCUCGCCUGUUGAAGAGAAAAAUGGAGAGACUCCAAAAGAUUCUCUUGAUGAUCUGUUUCCCAAUGAUGAAGACUACCAGGGCCCACACCAGCACAACAGUGCUGCAGUUGCAGCCGCGCAACAGGGCGGGUACGAGAUCCCUGUCCGACUCCGAACACUCCACAACCUAGUGAUACAAUACGCAUCUCAGGGCCGGUACGAGGUGGCUGUCCCGCUGUGCAAACAGGCUCUGGAGGAUCUUGAGAAAACCUCCGGACAUGACCAUCCGGAUGUAGCCACUAUGCUCAACAUCCUGGCCCUGGUCUACAGGGACCAGAAUAAAUACAAGGAAGCGGCUCAUCUCCUUAAUGAUGCCCUGUCAAUCAGAGAAAAGACCCUGGGCAAAGAUCAUCCAGCUGUGGCAGCCACCCUCAAUAACCUUGCAGUACUGUAUGGGAAAAGAGGAAAAUACAAAGAAGCAGAACCAUUGUGCAAGAGAGCGCUGGAGAUCAGAGAGAUGGUGCUGGGGCGGGAUCAUCCAGACGUGGCCAAGCAGCUGAAUAAUUUAGCACUGCUGUGUCAGAAUCAGGGGAAGUAUGAUGAGGUGGAGUAUUAUUACUGCAGAGCUUUAGAUAUCUACGAGAAAAGACUCGGACCUGACGAUCACAAUGUCGCAAAGACCAAGAACAACCUGGCGUCGUGCUAUCUGAAACAGGGCAAGUACAAGGAAGCAGAGAUCCUGUACAAAGAGAUUUUGACACGUGCCCAUGAGAAAGAGUUUGGAUCUGUUGAUGCUGACAAUAAACCCAUCUGGAUGCACGCUGAGGAGAGAGAAGAGAGCAAAGGAAAGCUGUCGGAGGGCAAUCAUUAUGGAGAAUACGGCAGCUGGUAUAAAGCCUGCAGGGUGAACAGUCCCACAGUAAACACCACACUGAGGAAUCUGGGCACUCUGUACCGUAAGCAGGGGAAAUUGGAGGCGGCCGAGACUCUAGAGGAGUGUGCCAUGAGAUCUCGCAGACAGGGAGUGUCGGUGGACCCUCAGAGAGAUGGAGAAAGGCGGAGGAGCACUGUAUCCUUGUCCAGUGUGAAGUACGACUGCAACAGUGAUGCCGGAGAUGAAGGCAGUGUGGAGUGGAAUGGGGAUGGAACGCUUAGGAGAAGCGGCUCUUUUGGAAAACUCAGGGAAGUUCUGCGCAGAAGCAGUGAGAUGCUGGUAAAGAAAAUCCAAGGAACGAUGCCACCAGAACCUCGCAACACCAACAUGAAGCGAGCAGCAUCACUCGGUUACCUAAACAGGAAUGGAGACGACAACGAAUCGUUUCAGGGUUCGGUGACAAGCAGGACUUUCAGAAACAGCAGACCUCUGAGCUCAAGCACAGUGGAGCUUUACAAGAGCACAGACCAAUGAAAACAACACAUCAAACACAUUUACCUCUGGAAAAUUUAACAGAGUAGUAUAUAUUGGUUUAUGUGUUUUUAAUGAUAAAUGGUUGGCUUUUCUUCUACAGUAAGUUUACAUUCUCUGUUGCACUCAUAUAAAUCAUGCAUGUUUUUCUUUCGUAAAGGAAUAGUUCAGCCGAAAUUGAAAAUUCUAUCAUCAUUUAUUCACCAUUAUGUCGUUCCAAACACAUAUGACUUUUUAGCAGAAUGUUCACUCUGCUCUGCUCCAUACAACUCUGAAAUGGACAAAAGGUAUCAUUAAAAUAGUCCAUACGAUUUGUGUACUAUACAUUUUCUCCAACGCCAUUGGUCCUCACUAGGGUUCAGAACCAAGAACCAGUUCUUAUUCAGAAUUGAUUCUUUUUUUAUUAUUAUUAUUGUUUACUGCCUAUGCAAAAAAUCUUUUUUUGCUUUUUUUUAGCUUUUUUUUAUUACAUGCAAAUUAGUUUUCGCUGCAAAUGUUUGCCAGAACUUUGCAGCUCUUUGCCGGUAGUGGCGAACCUACUGCAAACUUUUGCCAACAAUGGACAAUUUUCCGCAAGUUUUCCGCAAAGCUCAUUUGCAUGUCAAAAUGAUCAGUGGCGAAUUUGCAGCAAAUUUGCCAUGAACUCUCGAUUUUCAUAAGGGUGAUUCUCAAACGAAUGACUCUUAUGAGUCUGUUCUUUUGAUUCUACACCAUAAAACAUACAGUGCGACCAGUGUAGUGGCUGAAGCUGGAACUAGAGUUGUGACGACUGGCAGAUUAAUCGCACCAUGAAUUCAGCAAAAAUAGGUUGAACGCUCUGCUCCUUAAAUCGAUCUGUGCUUGCCGAAAUUCAAAUUACUGUCUCAGUGGCCGAAGCUAGAAGUGUUGAAGAGAUGAAAUGUCCGCAAAGUGGUGACAAAAUCUAGUUGUACUUUUAAUUUUAAAUGAUGUACAGUCAACAGGAAUGCAUAUUUUAUUAACCAUACACCCCAACCUUAAGCCUACCCAUCAGUGGAGAAUUUUUUUUAUUUUAAAGCAAAAAUGUAUCCUCCAAAUUGCGCUCACCAUUGUCUGUCAAUGUGAUCAGUUCCUGGUUCCCCCAGGACCAGAACCUGUGUCUCAGAGGUUGCUAAUGCAAUACUCUAUCAAUUGUGCCACAGUGAAAGGUGAACACAUUUCAAUUAAUGCAUAAAUGUCUGAUGGGGAUGGCUUUUGUCAGUUAUUCAGCAUUAUGGGGUUUAUUUCAGGGUACAUGAUCUUUUGGAAGUAACAUGUUGCCAAUAUGAUGUUGGCGUAAGAACUUACUUUGAAUGGUGUGACGUGAAAAACACAGUGUCCGAUUGUCGGCAACAUUUUACAUUAAAAUACAAAAUGUAUUAUCUGGGAUUUGACAUCAUAGGAGCAGCAAUGGCGUUUACCGUGCCAUGAACAUUCGCCACAAAGUGUCGCUUGUCCAGAAACCGGCACAUUGGAUCCGAAUAUGGGUAGCAAAACAUUCAACCGAUUUCCUGAGUAUAUUAUCCAAUGAGUUAUUUUAACCCCAGUGGGAAAGACCAGAAAUCUACCUGCCUCAUUCUGUCAGGUAUUAAAUAUCUCAUUGACACAUAUUUAGCAGUGAAAUUUGACCUCACAUGACCUACAAUCCAAAAGAAAGCAAGCGGAGAAGUGUCAUUGAGCAGAGCCCUAGAGAGGUAUCCUGUUUAUGCCAGUCUAUGGGAAAAUAUUUGUUUUUAAUUCAGUUGCUCAUUCGUUUUGUUAUGAAUAUGACCUAUGUUAUAGAUGUUGCCCCUAAGAUAGUAUAUCUGUAACUGCACAUUAAAAACAUUUUCAUUGCAAAUUUAUAUUACACAUUAAAAUGUUGCAUAUGUAAUCUGUAUAUAUGGAAUUUACAUGUGCAGGUUUAUAUAUUUUUUACUACAAAAGCCAUUUGUGAGCUUGCCAUUUUCCACAGUGUAUGGUUUCAAUGUUGUGUUCAAUUGUAUUAUUGAGAAGCCUGUAUCAAUGUUAAAUGAAUUUAAUUUAUGUUCAAGAAAAAGCAAAUUAUCCUGUCUAGAGUUUCACAAAAUCAUCUCAUGCUCCAGUGUCCAUGGACUCCUCAUGGUUCAAAUUUAUGUCUUUUUGUUUCUGAAUAUGAGAGCAUCUUUUUGUCUAAUUAAAGUCUCUUGCUGGGCAAAA